AGGGGCCGCGAUUUAAGAUGUGCCCCGCGCAUGCGUGCGAAGAGAUCUCCGCGUCGUGGCGUCGCCAAGGUAACCGUGAACCGCCGGCCAUGGCCUCCGGGGCGAACGGGAGCUGGGGUCGCUCCCCACCACAGAGUGCCUCCCCGACGCCCUGGGUGACCGUCCUGCAGUCCCCGGCGUGGGCCGUCCCUCCUGCGCCCCCGCAGCCGGGCCGCGUGAAGGAAGGUGAGACUCUGGAGUCAGCCUCGCUGCCCCCCUCGGCGUCCCCGCUGCACAAAUCCGCGCCUGCGGGGCUGGGUAUCGAGGGAGAGACCUGGGUACCCGGCAAGGGUGGCAGAGGGGAGGGGAGCCCCGGCGUGCGCUGGCAGAACCCGCGUCCCGUAGACCUGCUGGAGCUGAUGCUGCUGCAGAACGCGCAGAUGCACCAGCUGCUGCUGAGCCGCCUGGUGGCAGGGGCACUGAACUUCUGGCCUGUCCCGCCCAGCCCACAGGUGCGUGGGGGUGGAGCCCCCGGGGAAUCGCCCCUCUGGAGGUCCAGGGGUGGAGAAACACAUGGGGUCCCUCCUCGAUUAAGAGGACUGGGGAACAGAGGAGCAAAGAAGGCCGCCACACCUUUCUGGCAGGGAUUGAUAGGCCUCUAUUACAUGUGUAUCAGGCCCUGACAGGCCCAUGUCAGCCUCCAUUGGGGAAGGGGGGGCUUCCAAACUAGACCACCCAGGUCUUGCUUUCAAGGAGGAUUCCCUGCAUCGCAUACACCACUGGACUUCAGGCCCCAGGACUGCAGGCCCUACUGGACCUGGUAGAUCAUUAAGUGCCUGACCUGGAGCCUGACACUUUUUAGGUUCAAUUGAUAUUUGCUGAACAAGUGAAUGAAUAAAUGAGUGGUUAUAAAUACAAGUCAAGCUGGCUGUCAUGGCAUGUGAGAGAUACAAAGGGGAGUGCACACUUGGUUGGGGGCUGCAGAAAGGCUCCUUGGAGGAGUGGGGGUUCUUAGAAUCAGCCCUUGAAAGCCAGGUAGGAUUUUGACUCUUUGGGGGGUGGGGGCGGGGGUGAAAGGUGUGUUCACCACCCAGGCUGGCAGGGACAGAGUCAGGAGCCAGAAAGGAGGACAUCCUGUACUUGUGUGUAUGCUGAGCCCUACUCAGCCAGCAAUGGGCUCCUGAGAGGUUAGAAGAAGCAGGGGCUGGGUAAGAGAGGAUGCUGGCCAGCUGGGUGGCAGCGGAGAGGGCAUUAAAGAGUCCAGGCAGAGGGAGAUCCUGAGGAGCUGCUGCCAUCUCUCAGCCCAGGCCCUCAGGGGGCUCUCAGGGUGAGAAUCCACCUGACUGAUGGGGCACAAGCGGGUCCAGGGGCUGGGAGUGAGGCCAGGGGCAGUUCAGUGAACUUCCAGCC